UGUCAUAGAUAAGGUCAUAGAUAACUAUUGUUAUGUCAAGUUUGUUGUAAUUUAUGUUAUUAACAUUAGUGUUUAACAGUAAAAUAAAUAUUAGUCACUACAUCAUGACUUAACAUUAUUUUUUAUAUUUAUAUAACGAACCAGACGAAGAGCAAAACGUGUAAUAAUUGAAACCAUACAAAUACAUGCGAUUAGUGAACGCUGAAGGUUAUCAAUAAUAUUUGCAUUACACAACAUACCUAGUGUUACUUUUUGUGCUAAUAAAAAAGAGAAGAAAGUGAGGUUAUUUCCAUGCAAACUUGGCGUGUAGUAGUGGCUUUUACAGUUUAAAAAUAUUUCUGUUUAAACGUCCUCUCUUUAUUGUACGUCAUUUUAAAAUGUUGGAUGGAUUUAAGUCUGCCAUAGUUAGCACAGGAAACAUUUUGUCUCUGAACAACAUCACCAAAAAUCCGAAGAAUCCAACCGAAGAUUUAGUUGAAUCUUUGACAACAACUUUAAAUGAAUAUAAAAAUGGAGGACCUUUGAAGAGUUCUGAUUCUAUUAUUAUACGAAGAAAAAAUGAUGACACCCCUUUAAAGUUGUCUUCAGAAGACGUGUCCAAGUGCAAAAUUGGAUUAAAGUUGUUUUUGGACAGUGACGAACCAUCUCGAAUAAAAGAGGCAAUUGAAAAAGCUUUUCAAACGUUAAAUGUUGAUUCUGCAAAUAAUUUGGUUGUAAGUUACUACAGUCACUGUCAGCAGCCUAAAGAAGAGGAUACAUUAGGCAAAAUUAAAAGUAUUUGGUCCAUUCUAGAAGGUUAUGUGAAUUCCAAAAAGAUACACCAAAUAGGCAUUGCUGAUAUUGAAGAAAACAUGUUUAAAGAAGUCUACGAAUGGGCGUCUGUUAAACCUAGUAUUAUACAAAUCAAUUUAGCAACGUGUUGUGUUGUACCUCCAACAUUACAAGAAUUUUGUACCAUGCAUGGAAUCCAACUUCUCACACACAGUGACCCUUCAUGUAUCUUGCCAGAAAGUUCAUUGGAGUUCCUGUUUGGAUCAUCAGUUAAAUUAAAUUGGGUCAUUAGGUUUUUGGUGCACAUUAAAUGUCGUGGGGUACUGAUAACAAAAGGCUACUUGGUGAGCAUCACAAAACAACACCCAAGCUCGUAAAAAUGGAGAAAAUUUAACAUUCCAAAGUGUCUAAUUUCUAUAAAUCACGUCAUUUAGAUAAAUGGUUUACAGUGUUUUCACCAAUUACAGUAUUUAUUCAUAUUUUUCUUGUGAAGGGUAUGUUAUCGUUAUUCCUACAUUGAUUGCACUUUCCGUUUGUUAACACACUGUAUUAUAGUUUCGUAUUUGUUAAUAAAAGAGUUUAAUAUCUA